GAAACAACAAACUCAUCGUCGUAUAACCCCACAUAAUUUUCGUUCGGUCGGUCAUCCAUUCUGUUUGUAGUGACUUUACCGAGUGUUUCUUUACGAAACUUUGCCGUGUUUCUUCUAAUCGCCGACGGGAAUUAGAGAGCUACUAGAAAAAUGUCUCGCGGAAGCAGUGCCGGAUUCGAUCGUCAUAUAACUAUCUUCUCGCCGGAAGGCCGUCUGUACCAAGUUGAAUAUGCGUUUAAGGCUAUCAACCAGGAGGGCCUCACGUCCAUCGCGCUGAAGGGAAAAGACUGUGCGGUGGUUGCCACGCAGAAGAAAAUCCCGGACAAGCUCAUCGAUCCGUCCACUGUGACCCAUCUGUACCGCAUAACCCGUGAGAUCGGUUGUGUCAUGACGGGCCGCAUUGCAGACAGUCGGUCUCAGGUUCAGCGAGCGCGCUAUGAAGCGGCCAAUUGGCGGUACAAGUACGGAUACGAGAUUCCAGUCGAUGUGCUUUGCCGUCGGAUGGCGGACAUUUCGCAGGUGUACACGCAAAACGCUGAAAUGCGCCCUCUUGGAUGCAGCAUCGUUAUGAUUGCGUACGAUCCGGAGAAUGGUCCAGCGGUUUACAAGACCGAUCCGGCCGGAUACUACUGCGGUUAUCGUGCGAUUUCCGUAGGAGUGAAGCAGACCGAGGCCAACAGUUAUCUGGAGAAGAAGCUCAAGCGGAAGGCCGACUUUGGAGAAGAAGAAACUAUCCAGCUAGCGAUAACCUGCCUUUCGACGGUGCUGGCCGUCGACUUUAAGCCGACUGAGAUCGAAAUUGGUUUGGUCAGCAAGGACAACUCGGAUUUCCGGACUCUCACCGAGGAGGAGAUUGAGGUCCACUUGACGGCGAUUGCCGAGAAGGAUUAAGCAACCUACCUUGUACUUUCCAUGGGAAAUCUUAUUCGUCUGGUUGCAGGGUUUCGUUCACUUCCCCCUACAUUUAACACAUUCUGAAUAAACACGAAAAAUUUACCAAUU